UUCUUUUUCCAUCAGGAGCACAGACUAAUUUGCCUGCAAGCAUCCCUGCCAACUUAAUUCCUGACACUGAAGAUGACUGGAAACCAAAGCAACGCAAGUGAAGAGCAUUGUCCCACCAUUUUUAACAACAACACGUUAAUCUUCUGUAUGACUCCAGUUUAUGUCAUCUGCCUGCUUGCAAUCAUCUUUAAUGCGUUUGUGCUGAUGGUUUUCUGCCUCCACAAGAAGGCCUGCACUGUGACUGAGAUCUACUUGAGCAACUUGACUGGAACUCACCUUGUUCUGAUGUGCUGUUUGCCCUUCUGGACUGAUGAUGUAAGAUUAAGCAUUGACUGGCCUUUCAGUGAAAGCCUGUGCAUGCUGGUACAAGCUGUUGGGAAAAUGGAUUUAUUUUGCAAUAUCUACUUUCUUGUUCUGGCUAUCUUAGAUUGUUAUGUGGCACUGGUGCACCCACUUUUCCACGAGUUGAUGAGCAGGCCAUUUUAUGCCAAACUGGGAUGUCUGUUUGUGUGGAGUUUGGGUUUGGUCUUUGCUUUCCCCGUAUUCAUCUACAGUAAGGUAAAAUUGAACCCACAGUCAAAUAUUACUGAAUGUAUAGUCGACUCCACUUCACUAGAUCAAUAUCUGCUGUAUGAGGUGAGAGACAUAUUAUUCAGCUUUAUCAUCCCUGUUGUCAUUAUUUUGUUCUGUUCUGUCAGAAUUAUUACAAUUCUGAGAAAAAAGCGAAUGGGGUUUUUAAAACCACAGAGAACAGAGCAGAAGACCACGACUCUCAUCCUGGCAGUUGUACUGUCAUGCCUGAUCUGCAGGGUGAUAUUCUGCGUGAGAAUAUUUGUGGUCGAAAACACUGACAUUCAGAAAUGUCACAUCAUGCUGGAAAUCAUCGAUUUGGUCUGUUUCUACUUAGGCUUCUUUGACUGUGUCCUUAACCCCAUUCUCUACAUCAUCAUUGGAAAAAGCUUCCGGAACAGGACAAAGGAAUUCUUCAAGCAGUGAAAAAAGCCUUAAAGGUAGAAUAAUUAAACUGGCAAUUAUUCAUCCAAGCAUUAGGAGCCUUUGUGUUCAUAUAUAUAUUCUUACAUUGGCAGCAUGUGUGAUCUUAGAGAGAAGACGCUAUAGCAGCUUCCAUAACUUAAAAAACUUAUUUUGCUAGAAGGGUUUUAAACUAAGUUGUCUGUUUGGGUUUUUGAUUUGUUUUUCAUUAUUAUAUGAUUGUGUUUCUGCCACUGACUCAUAUCAUCCAAAUAGGAUUAUUAGGGUUGUGGCUAUCAUACUAGGUGACUUACCUGGGAGCAGAGCGUGUAAAUCUAUGUGUAACCUGCAUAAAGCUGACAGCUAUCAUCUGAGCAACUGACAGGCACCACUGGUUUGGUUUGGUUUUUUGUUUUGUUUUGUUUUUUUGCAGUUGUUUUGCAGUUUCUGGUAAUUUUGCAGCUACAGAACUAAUCUUCUGGGAUUUGCAUCAGAAAUUCAUUUUUUGCAUUUGCAAUUAUUUUCAUGUGCAGUGGUGCUCCUGUUUACGAGUGUAUAUAUGUGUGGUGUGCUGUGUGAGCUUCUGGGCUGAUAACAGAUGGUCUUUCAAUGAUAUCCUAUGCAAAGUGUCAUCAGCUGUUAUCAACACGAAUACAUUCUGCAGAAUAUACUUCCUUGUUCAGGUUAGCAUAGAUCAUUGUGUUGCACUAGGGCUGCUCGAUUAUGGCAAAAAUGAUAAUCACGAUUAUUUUCACUGAAAUUGAG